AUGUCACCUCCUCGCCUUUCUUUUUCAAACACUUUAAAACUUGGAAUCAUCUUCUUGAUAAUCAUACAAUUAAAGGCUGACGAUGAACAGUUUGGUGAUAUCCAAAUGCUUUUCCGUCAAGUUGAUAAAGGUGGGUUUAUAAAAAAAUCUUCAUAUAAAUUGCGUUUGGCGCUGAAAUUGAGUUGUUAAUGUGCAGUUCUACACAAAAUGUGGAGUUGCAUUUUUAAAAAUACAAAUGUACUAAAGCUCCCGAAAAUAUUCUCUAAAAAGAUGAUUGUCGUUUUCCUUGUGGACCCUCCAGGGAAUACCAGAUAUGCAGCCAACGAUCAUCAAAAAUAUAAUAAAUUUUUUGGGGGGAAAGAUCCCAAACCUAUUUUCGCCAAAAUUUCAGGAAUGAAAAAAUUACUUUGACAAGCUAUAUUGAUUCUAAAGUUUAAGAGAUUUUUAAGCCAGAAAAGCUAUUUAAAAGACAUCCAUGGGUGGUCCCUCCCCUUCAGGUACCGUCGCCCUAUUAAAUUUUAACCAUUAUAUCAUUUCCUUUUAAAAUAUAUUUUUUACACAAUUUUACAGGUUACAGACUGACUGCCAGCGUCUUAUCAGAGAUUAAAGUCUUAUCCUUGUUAGAUUGUGCUCUACAAUGUCUGCAAUACACGUAUGAGAUAUGUGUAGGCUUCAACUACAAAUCAGUAAUAAAAACUAAUGAAGCAAACUGUCAAUUAGCCGUCAAACAGGCUGAUGACGCAACGGACUUAGCAGCCGAGAAGGAUUGGACAUUUUAUCAAGUUGAG